UAUGUGGUUAAGAGUGAAAACAGCCCCAUGUGCUUUUAUUUCCUCUCCUUUAAAUAACAGGAUGUUUGUGGAAUGAAACAACGGGAAGAUAAAAAUUAGCAAAGGGAAAGAAAAAGAGGGAUAAAGCAAAGAUAAAACUGUUAUCCGGUUGCUGGAAUAGCAUUACUUAGAAGAGGACUGAAGCACGCGAAGCUUUUUUAUUCUUUUUCAAAACUUGCGAAACUGCAAAGACCGCAGCCUCGAUGCAACAAACAGGAUACCAUUACCAUUGUUGCAAAUUUAUAUCUGUGGCUUCAUUUCGACAUCGUAAUCAAAUAUUAAUAUUUAUUUCUAAAAUUUAUAUUUUAAUCAAAUUCACGAAUUCAGCAUAAGGAAAUUAACCAGCCAAGCAAAGAGCAUUUGACAUUUAAAAUGAACACAAUUUCUUUAAAAGUCUCUUCAAUGUGUUCGGAUUGAGCUGCUGGAGCUGCACUGAAGAAUCGGAGCUUCUGGACUGAAAAUGUCAUCAGAAUGGAUAUAAACCAACAGGCUCAAGGCGGAUCUAAUGCCUCGCAGGAUGCCAAUGCAACCUCCACUCCGAGGGUACCUCCUCAUUCAUUGCCAGCAGCUGCUUUUAUCAUCUUAGUGGUGACAGUGAUCAUCCUGGUAACAAUUGUGGGAAAUGUUCUCGUUGUGGUGGCAGUGUUCACCAGUCGUGCACUCCGGGCACCUCAGAAUCUCUUUUUGGUUUCUCUCGCGUCUGCAGACAUUCUGGUGGCCACCUUGGUAAUCCCUUUCUCACUUGCCAACGAGGUGAUGGGAUACUGGUACUUUGGCAGUACCUGGUGCGCCUUUUACCUGGCUUUGGAUGUUCUGUUCUGUACAUCCUCCAUUGUGCAUCUCUGUGCCAUCAGUUUGGACAGGUACUGGUCAGUGACUAAAGCUGUCAGCUACAAUCUGAAAAGAACCCCCAAAAGGAUCAAAUCUAUGAUAGCUGUAGUCUGGGUCAUUUCGGCUGUCAUCUCUUUCCCACCUUUGAUUAUGAAAAAGCAAGACAAUCAAGUGUGCCUGCUGAACGACGAGACCUGGUACAUCCUUUCGUCGUGUGUAGUCUCCUUCUUCGCUCCUUGCGUAAUAAUGAUUUUGGUAUACUGUAAAAUUUAUAGGGUGGCCAAACAGCGGUCUUCGACCGUUUUUGUUGCCAAAAAUGGAAUGGACAGGCAGCCCUCGCAGUCUGAGACAUGUUUUGUACACAAGGAGAAACUGGAGAUGGAGAGCCCGAGCAGUCAGAGCUCCGGUAGUAACCAGAGGCAGGAGGAACUUGAAGAUAUCGAUUUAGAGGAGAGCUUUGCUUCGGAUAACAAACCAAGGAAUUCUCGUUUCUCCAAAAAGAGGAACACUGAGGGUUCAGAUUGUUGUCCCAAACAGAACAAUCGUCUUUCCUGGGCUUCGAACAGAGCUUCUCAGCUCUUCAGUGAGCAAAAAAUGAGACAGCAAUCGAUUUCUAAGACUAAGGUGGCACAGCUACGAGAGAAAAGAUUCACUUUUGUGCUGGCUGUAGUUAUGGGAGUCUUCGUACUGUGCUGGUUUCCCUUUUUCUUUACCUACAGUUUAAAAGCAAUAUGUGGAGAAAGUUGCAAUGUUCCAGAUGCACUAUUUAAUCUUUUUUUCUGGAUUGGGUAUUGUAACAGUUCCGUUAACCCUAUUAUUUAUACAAUUUUUAACAGGGACUUUCGAAAAGCGUUUAAGAAAAUAAUAUGGAGAACUGCAAAACGCAAUUAAGGAAUUGUUGCACCAUGUGUUAAGUUUAUAGCCUAUAAUGUUCAAAUAAGCGUUGCCGUGUUUACUAUUUGUUUCAUGUUCAUCAGUUUCUAUGUAGAUAAUUGUUAAAAAGUUCAACGUUUUCACAUUGUUAAAAAAUGAGUGCAAUUCAGAAAUUUCAAAGCUGUGAAAUAAAAUCAGUAAAGUAUCGUGGUAUGCGAAACCAUGCUGUAAUUUGGAAGAACACAUGUAAAAGUAACUGAAGCAAUUUAAGUUCUUAAUAUCGGUGGUUUCCGUAAGCAAAAAAAUAGUUAACAUAAUUAUAAACUUGUCUCCAACAAACUUUGGAUAUCACUCUAUGAAACGUUUUGGGGGAAAAAAAAGUUAAAAUGUGAAUAAUAACAGAUGAGAUAGAACUCUUACAAAAAGUGUUUAACUAGUGUUCUAUACUGCUGGUAGUUUUAAACUUCUUAUUAAUGAUCACCAUAAGGACGUUUCCUGUCAAGCAUUGUCACAUCACACAUGCUUUUAAAAUAAACUUUGGUUUCGCAA